CCGAUGGCGUUUUCGUGUGUCAUGGCGGCUCAAUAACGCUAAAAAUUAAUUUAGUUUGUCAAAAAGUACUUGUGAAUUUUUAAUUUCUUUGUCAUAAUACAAUACUUUUAAUAUUAAGUUAUCUUUUCUUGUGUGUCGAAUCUCACAUCAACGAAGAUGUAUGACGACAGACGUGGUGGACGCGGCGGAUCCCGUGGGGGUAUGUCGCGGGGACGGGGCGGAGGCCGUGGUGCUCCCAGGGGUGGUAGAUCGAGUGAUAGGUCACAAGAUAGAGGUAGCCGUUUUAGCGGCGGCGGCGGCGGCGGCAGGGGAUACGACGGGGGCAGGGGAGGCCGCGGUGGCAGAGGAGGACGCGGUGGCCACGACGACUUCAGAAGCUUCAAGAAUGACCAACCCGGUGGCGCCCUCAGAAAAAUUCGCUGGGACAACAUCGAACUUACCCCAUUCCAAAAGAACUUCUACGUGCCGCAUCCGAACGUGCAACACCGAUCUAUGGCCGAAGUGGAAGCUUACCGCAGCCAGCAUCAGAUUUCGGUGAAGGGCAGAGAUGUGCCAGCACCGAGCAUGUGCUUUGAAGAGGGUGGCUUCCCUGACUAUGCUAUGAGGGAGAUUCUGAAACAGGGAUUCCCUAAUCCGACUCCGAUUCAGGCGCAAGGUUGGCCUAUUGCAUUGUCAGGUCGUGAUAUGGUUGGAAUAGCUCAAACUGGAUCUGGAAAAACUUUAGCUUAUAUUUUACCAGCCAUUGUCCAUAUCAUCAACCAGCCAAGAUUACUGCGGAAUGAUGGCCCUAUUGUUCUGGUCUUGGCGCCAACACGAGAACUUGCCCAGCAAAUUCAGCAGGCACUCAUAUCAAUGAGAGGGAUCACGGCUGACGUAUCAGACGGAAACAUGGACAUAGUUGCUAAUGACUUUGGUCAAAAUGUACAAGUACGUAACACAUGCAUCUUUGGAGGUGCACCAAAAGGACCACAGGGUCGGACCUUGGAGCGAGGUGUUGAGAUUGUGAUCGCUACUCCUGGUCGCUUGAUUGACUUCUUAGAGAAGGAAACUACAAAUCUUCGUCGCUGCACAUACUUAGUUCUGGAUGAAGCCGACAGAAUGUUGGACAUGGGUUUUGAGCCUCAAAUCAGAAAGAUCAUUGAGCAAAUCAGACCUGACAGACAGGUCUUGAUGUGGUCUGCAACAUGGCCGAAAGAGGUCCAAAACUUGGCAGAGGAGUUCUUGAACGACUACAUACAAAUCAACAUUGGUUCCUUGUCGUUGUCGGCCAACCACAACAUCCUGCAAAUUGUGGACGUCUGUGAAGAGUGGGAGAAGAAUGAUAAGUUGCUGACUCUGCUCACAGAGAUCUCAUCUGAAGAGGAAACUAAAACUAUAAUCUUUGCUGAGACAAAGCGCAAGGUGGACGACAUAACCCGCGCAUUAUCGCACGCUGGCUGGCGCGCGCUCUCCAUCCACGGCGAUAAGAAUCAGCAGGAGAGGGACCACGUGCUGAUGCAGUUCCGUCGCUCCCCGUCCGCCAUACUCGUCGCUACUGACGUGGCUGCACGUGGACUUGACGUCGAAGACGUGAAGUUCGUCAUCAACUACGACUACCCCAACAACAGCGAGGACUACGUGCACCGCAUCGGCCGCACGGGCCGCUCCCAAAACACCGGCACCGCCUACACCCUCUUCACGCCCAACAACUCCGCCAAGGCUAGGGAUUUGAUGUCGGUGCUGCAGGAGGCCAACCAGGUGGUUAACCCCAAGCUGCUCGAGCUGGCGCAGUGUGGAAUGGGAUUCAAAGGCAAAUAUGGUCGUGGGCGCAACUUCCGCGACCGCGACGACGAGGACCGCGGCGGGCGGGGCGGGCGCGGGGGGCCGCGCGGGCGGGGCGGACGCGGCGGCGGCGGCGGACGGUUCGACAGUGGACGAGCAGGCUCAAGAUGGGAUAACAAUGGUUCCGGAAAUGGCUUCGGACAGAGCCAGGGCUCCAGCUACAGACAAGAUAGCAGACCAAGCUUCGGAAGCCGAGACAGCAGUUACAACAAGGACUCCGGCUCUGGAUUCAGGGGACGUGGCAGAGGUGGAGGCAGGGGACGUGGAGGCUUCAGCUCCGGCUCGGGGGGAUUCAACCAGCCCCCAGCGGAGAACUACACUGCACCGACCAACACUUACUACAAUAUGUACUCCCAACCACCUCCCCCAAUUAACUAGAAUCAUUCCAGUUACUAUAACUAUUAGUAAAUGUAUAUACAAAUAUACAGAAAGUUUCAAAAC